AUGGAGAACUAUACCCACAAGAAGUUCACUGGAGCUCUGAAGCGCAAACGCAGCGAGGAUGCUGACUCCGAUGACGAUGUCAUCUUUGUUAUGGAACAGCCGGGACAGCGAACUCCGGAACAACCACAAGCCAAACGCCCCUUCUUCCGUCCAUGGAUAGAUGAGUCAGCCGAAAAAGAACAGCCGCAGCCUCCUCGUAAGAUUGCUACCACAGUGACACCACCUCCAUCACAAGAAGACACCACCUAUCAUGCCAACAUGGUGCGAAACCAUCACAAGCGCCGCCAGCGCAGUCCACAAGAGCAACUGCGUCGUGACCGGAACACGUUGGCCAGCAUGCGCCAUCGACGGUCCCAGCAGCAACAGCAUCAGCUCAUCGAACAGCAAUACUUGACCAGCCGGAUACAGCACGAGGCAAAUCUGCAGCAGCAGAUCCGCCUGAGUCUAUACUAUGUGCGCUUCCUGCAACAAGCGAUGGCCUCCACGGAACCACUGCCUCCCACGCAGCCAAGGCCGUUAAUCCCGCCCCAACCGACCACCACCCAACAUCCUUGA